GCCCAAGAAGUGAGAUCCCAGCAUACUAGCACGCGCGACCCACUAGUUAGAAAUCCACUGCCAAACGCGGUUCGUGGUAUUAUAAGGUCUUUGGGUGCGAGGUUAGUAUACUAAUCAUACUAAUACUAACCUCGCAAUACGUGUGAGUGGAUAUGAUUACGAGUGCCUAGCUCCAAACUCUGUGAAGUUUGUGUACAAAAGUCAAUGGGGAGAUUUUUCGACAGCAACUUUCAGGUUUUAGAAUCCCACAUUUAUAGAUGAGCCAGAUUAACAUCACCCUCUGAAUUCGACUGUAGCUAGCAACAUUCAUCAUGGAUACAGACGGUCGGUAUUCCAGCAAUGGGUUACUCUUAUCAGUGCGGACAGUAGGUCGUGUCACAUCUGGGAUAAUGUGUUUGGGAUUUUUACUAAGCGUUGCCUGUGCUAUCAUCUUCAACUUUGAAAUCACAACAAGGACACAUUGUGGGGUCUCCAACUAUCUACCCUCCAUCAGCGCUGCCAUUGCCGAGCCACCAUCUUGUUAUUUGUGGAGGUUAGCGGUGACACUCUGCUCUGCUCAACGAGUGUUUUUCUCUUUAGUCCAUUACAACAUGUACUCGUCUAUCUUGGUUUAUAAGGCCCAGUAUCAAUGGCUGUGUAAGCUUUGUUUCUUCUUGGAGCUGACAGAGAAUCUGGGUCUCAUUGGGUUGACAUGUGUCUCCUCUGUUGAGAAUCAUACGGCCCAUGAGUAUUUCUUCAUAGUGUUUCAGACUUGUGCUUUGUUGUAUAUGAUGAUUCUGUGUAUGAUUCAUAGACUGGCUAUCACUCAAGGACCUGUACCAACCAAUCAGGAGUAUAAGACUUUCAUGAGGAAAUUUACUCUGUUCAUCACAAAUCUUGUUGCCUUUAUAUCAGCCUUGUAUUUUUUCUACCGUCAUAACCGUUACUGUGAGCCUGGUGUGUAUACCAUCUUUGCCUUCUUGGAGUAUGUAGUUGUGAUAAGUAACAUUCUCUUUCAUUUUAUGGUGACAAAUAACUUCAAAGAGAGAGAGAUGAAGGUGGGCUCUCGUGCUGGGAGUAGACUUUAAUGUAUAGUAUGUCAACAUUUACAACUGGCGAUCAAGUGGAUAAAUUUGGAUGAAGCUCUGUUCAUGUCGGAUUCCUUCAGUGGCGAGUUGUAAAGGGAGUAUAAAAGACUUUGGAAUUGUCUUAUGCUAUUCAUUUCACUUGUAUUCAUUCCUUUCAUUGGGAGCCUAUUGGUUUUACUAGUAGUGUGAUUCUUAUUGAUGUCAAAGCACAUAUCACUUUGUGGUAAAAAAAAAGUGAAUGCAUUAACCUCGAAACUGCUUAAAAAUAGUGUCAAAUUAUGCUUGAUACUGCAAGAUUUUAUGAUCAUGAUUACCAGUGACUUUCGGCUAUCUGUAUUAAACUGCCACUUUUGUAACUGCAAAUUUUGACCUCAACUUUAAUAGGGAAUUUUCCCUGGCUCAACGGAGGUGAAAUGAUAGCAAGUCGUAAAUGUGAAGAUGCAGCAUAUAUUCAUCUCUCAUUUACUUUUUAUUCAUCUUGCUUAGGGGAAAACAAAUCACAAAAUCUUGGGUUUUCUUUUUUUUCUUUGUUAAGGUAUUGGCAUGCUAAAUUAAAAAGUAACGAAUAAGGGAGAUCUUAUCAUAAUUUGACUUGAUGAUUUAGGGUGUAGGUUCUGUAAUAAGCUAAGGGUUUGUAGUACUGUGACGAUUAUUGAAUGGGUGUGAUUUUGUGACGGGUUUGCAAUAUUUAGUGUGGUUUGAAGCACUUUUGAGUAUAUUCAGGGUUUACUGUAUGUAUUUCCUUUUUUGUUUGUUAUUAUGCUGUUUUAUUGACAUAAUAUACAUAUGGUAGUUAUUUGUUUUGAUCUUCUUCUUUAUUCUCAUUUCAUUCACCUUUUCUUCUUAUUUUUUAUUUUCUUUCUUCCAUGCUUUAUUCUUUCUCUGUUUAUUAUUAUAUUCUUUGUCUAUCCCAUUUUGGUGCUUGAAAUUUGUAUUUACAGAAAUAGUACUGCACGAUAAAGUAUACAGGAUGAGCACAAGAGUGUAGAUGUAUGCUCACAAUAUGCAAGACUUUCUGUCAUUGGGUCUUUUCACUAAGGUAUAAUGUAACACAGGUGCUUAAUCAUGAUGGCGAUUUUCAGUGUUUUUCAGUAUUCAUUUUUUUUUUAACUACAUGUAUGUUAAAUUAUUGCACAGUGUUUUGCUUACUUCAACCCAGGACUUCAAAUGACAGUCACCUACAUAUCAAAUACUUCCUUGCUCUUAUGAUUAGUUGAACUUGGCUUAGAGAUCUCUUUUUAAAACAAAGAAACUUUCCUUCGUGUGAUAAUGGUUGUCAUGAAUCGUGUUCUUUACCUGUCAUUAUAAGUACUAAAGCUAUAUUAUUAUUCUGUGCUGGUAGCAUUGCCAUUGGAUGAUGUGAGAAGUUAAGGCUAGGCGCAGACCUGCCAACCAGUACGUUUUAGCCGUAUUUAGUACGUUUGUGCAACCAAAAUAUGGCAGUACGUUUUUUUUUUUUUUUUUUUUUUUUU